CUCCACCUGCCCGAGAACUGGCUGCAGUACUAGCAGCAGAAGCGCCCCGCUGUGGUCCCAACCGCGCCGCCAGCCGGGCGUCCCGCCGCCCUGCGCCCCCGAGCAGCCCGUCCGGAGUCCAGCGAGCCGCCGCGCUGCACGCCCGAAGCGCGCCCGCCGCCCUUGCGGCGACUGGGGGCCCCGGCUCCGACAUGCUGUCCGCCAUCUACACCCUCCUGGCGGGGCUGCUGCUCCUGCCACUGCUGGUGAACUUCUGCUGCCCCUACUUCUUCCAGGACAUGAGAUUCUUCCUGCAACUGGUCAAAGUGGCCCGGCAGCUGAGCAGCUACGGGAACCGGAGGCCGGUCCGCACCCUCCUGGGGGUCUUCAUGGACAAAGCGCGCCAAAACCCGCACAAGCCUUUCCUGCUCUUCGGCGACGAGACCCUCACCUAUGCGCAGGUGGACCGGCGCAGCAACCAGGUGGCGCGGGCGCUGCGCGACCACCUCGGCUUGCGCCAGGGAGACUGUGUAGCGAUCUUUAUGGGCAACGAACCAGCCUAUCUGUACCUCUGGCUGGGGCUGCUCAAGCUGGGCUGUGCCAUGGCGUGUCUCAACUACAACAUCCGUGCGAAGUCCCUAUUGCACUGUUUCCAGUGCUGCGGGGCGAAGGUGCUGCUGGCCUCGCCAGAACUACAAGCAGCCAUUGAAGAGGUGAUGCCAAGCCUGAAGAAAGAUGAUGUGUCCAUCUAUUAUGUGAGCAGAACGUCUAACACACAGGGGGUUGACUCCUUCCUGGACAAAGUGGACGAAGUAUCAGCUGAACCUAUCCCAGAGUCUUGGAGGUCUGAAGUGACUUUUUCCACUCCUGCCUUAUACAUUUAUACUUCUGGAACUACAGGUCUUCCGAAAGCUGCGGUGAUCAAUCAUCAGCGCAUAUGGUAUGGAACUGGCCUCGCUAUCACAAGUGGGAUUAAGGAAAAUGAUGUCAUCUAUACCACUCUGCCGUUGUACCACAGUGCUGCGCUUUUGAUUGGAGUACACGGAUGUAUCCUGACUGGUGCUACUCUUGCUUUGCGGACCAAAUUUUCAGCCAGCCAGUUUUGGGAUGACUGCAGAAAAUACAAUGUUACUGUCAUUCAGUAUAUCGGUGAACUGCUUCGGUAUUUAUGCAACUCACCCCAGAAACCGAACGAUCGUGAUCAUAAAGUGAGAAUGGCACUCGGAAAUGGUUUGAGAGGUGACAUUUGGAAAGAAUUCAUCAAGAGAUUUGGGGACAUUCAUAUUUAUGAAUUUUAUGCUUCCACUGAAGGAAAUGUCGGAUUUUUUAAUUAUACAAGAAAAAUUGGGGCUGUUGGAAGACUGAACUACCUACAGAAAAAAGUAGUAAGUUAUGAGCUGAUUAAAUACGAUGUGGAGAAAGAUGAACCCGUUCGAGAUGGAAACGGAUAUUGCAUCAAAGUUUCCAAAGGUGAAGUGGGGCUCCUCGUUUGUAGAAUCACACAACUUACACCAUUUAGUGGCUAUGCUGGACAAAAGACUCAGACAGAAAAGAAAAAACUGAGAGACGUCUUUAAAAAGGGAGACCUCUAUUUCAACAGUGGAGAUCUUUUAAUGAUUGACCACGACAAUUUCAUCUACUUCCACGACAGAGUUGGAGAUACAUUCCGGUGGAAAGGGGAAAACGUGGCUACCACUGAAGUUGCUGAUAUAAUAGGUCUGGUUGACUUUGUCCAAGAAGUGAAUGUCUAUGGAGUGCCUGUGCCAGGUCAUGAGGGUCGAAUUGGUAUGGCAUCAAUCAGGUUGAAGGAGGACCAUGAAUUUGAUGGAAAGAAACUUUUUAGGCACAUUGCUGAUUACCUGCCUACUUACGCAAGGCCCCGGUUUAUAAGAAUACAGGACACCAUUGAGAUCACUGGAACUUAUAAACACCGCAAGGUGACCCUCGUGGAGGAGGGCUUUGACCCCACAGUCAUCAAAGAUGCCUUGUAUUUCUUGGAUGACAAAGCAAAAAUGUAUGUGCCUAUGACUGAAGACAUUUAUAAUGCCUUAGGUGAUAAAACUCUGAAAUUAUAAAAAUCCCCAGGAAGACAUCUCAUAAUAUUACCAAAAAGAAACUGAAUGGACCUAGUACAGCCACUUGAUAUAAUCUGACUUUAAUUUGAUUGAAGAUUGUGAGGUGCAAUUUUUUUAGGAAAUUAUGCAUAUCAAUAAAGGAAGAUUUUUUUUAAUUACACCCUGAACUUUUCAAAACUAAAAGACUUAGAUUAUUAUUUUUUCAAUUUGCACCUACUGUUUGUAUUUGCAAACUGAGCUUAUUGGAGGGAGGGCAUUAUUUUGUUUAAUAUAUAAUAAAAACAGAUGAACACCAGUAUAUGAAAUAA